UGAUGGUUCAUGUGUGACUAUGACACGUGGAAAUGAGUCGUUCAAUCAAGAUAUCAGGGAUGUUCCUAUGAAAUGGUACGAGACACCAUCAUUUGUGACAUUGUCAUCAGAAUGCAAAGGUCAGGACCCUCUUGGCAUGGAAAGCGGUCUAAUAACAAGACAACAGCUUAGGGACACCUCUUCAUCGUAUAGUAAAUUCCACGGUCCAGAGAAUGGCAGGCUAAAUUUCGCAAAGGCAAGAGGAAGGACUGGUUCCUGGUCAGCAGCAACCAAUGACGAAAACCAAUACCUCCAAGUUGAUUUUCUUCGAAACGUGAAACUGAGAAAAUUUGCCACACAAGGUAGACCAGAUGCUCCUCAAUGGGUAACAAAGUACAAGCUGACAUAUAGUCCCGAUGGUUCUUUGCCUGCUUUCGAAACUUAUCAAGAAAAUGGAGUCGAUAAGAUCUUCGAGGGAAAUACUGAUCAGAACACUGUUGUCACUCAUACCCUGGAAGGAACAAUCAAAGCCCGAUAUGUACAGAUAAAGCCAGUCGAAUGGAACGGUCAUAUCUCCAUGAGAGCGGAGUUUUAUGGAUGCGUUCUAUCGAACCGCUAUCAAGUACUGGGUCGGAAUGUUCACAUGGAUUACGUUAAAGAACAUCUGAAGACAAAGGAAGGAGUGGAUUUUGGAGACAUUCAAAUACGUCCUAACAACAUCGAACUGGAAGUUCUGGCUGAAAGCAUCUAUGUCCGCGGAGUCGUCCAAAUGCGCGGUAUAAGUAAGCUAAGGAUGUUCAGUCGGAGAGUAAUCUUUUUAAAGAACAGUAAACUGGACCUCAGAGCUCCUGUUCUAUCGCAAACUAACCCAACGUUAAGCGCUGGGCAAGAUGGAAACGACGGAAAACACGGUGUUGACGGAUCAAAAGUUGAAAUUAUUACCGAUUUAUCACGAGGCUACGUAAAUAUUGAUUCAAGUGGAGGAAAUGGAAACCAAGGUCAAAAUGGUGCACCAGGAAGAAGAGGAGACGACAGCCAACAUAGGCAACCUAGCAGGUCAGGAACUGACUGCACAAAUAAUGCAGGAAGAAACUAUUUUACGCACCGAAUCACAAGAUGCAAUAAUGUUAAUGGCCUAAAGGGGAUCAGAGGAGGCAAUGGCGGCAUGGGUGGAUACGCUGGAAGAUCAGGCAAUGGAGGAAAUGCAGGUCGUCAAGCUAUUUUCGUCAGAAAAAUAAUAGGAAAAAUAGAGAUUAAAACUUGCCGUGGAAGUGGAGGUCAGGCAUCUGUAAAUGGAGAAGGUGGAGCCGGUGGUCUUGGAGGACAAGGAGGAAAUGGAAUUAAGUGCGAAUUUUGGGAGCGUUGUAGUUGGAGUGGUGCUUCAUGUUCCAGUGGUUGUAACACCAACGGAGCAUUAGGUCAAGGACCCCGAGGAGACACGGGGAGUGAAGGGCAAAACGGACAAGGCUUGGCUGAGGCAGGCUCAGGCGGCGAAGUUGAAAGUUCUUAUCUUCGUCAAAAGAAACUAAUUAAGAAAGCGAGAAGAAGAUAUCCAUUGGCUUUAAUCAAACUCAUGACAAGAUUGGCCGAAGACCGUGUCUGGGCGAAUGAUCUUGGAGUGGCAAGAUCAGUGUUUCAAUUUGUCGUUCGAUUGGCAGCAGGGAGAGAAGAUGCAGAGAGCCUUAAGAAAUUUGCAAAGCACAGGUURGCCUUUUUCAACAAGGAAGGAUAUGACAGAUUUGGAAGAAAUAAGUUAUUCGCUCCAUUAAUGWAAUGGGAAGCUUUCAGGCWWCAAGUAGUCCAAAUUAGGGAUUACGCCAGAGAUUAUGAAACUGCUUAUAAUGAAAUCAAGGCAUCUGUAGAAWGWGGAGAUGGUAUWARRCARGUAYUGAGAGCACUUCCUCAGUCAGCCGUGGUUCAAGUUAACAAAGAGAAAGAAAGACUUAUUGAAGCAAGGAGAAUAUCRMUAACCGAGAAAGGGGCCUACGUACCGGCWAUAAAGGAACUGGAAWCCAGCAUGGARGGUCUUUUAGCWGACGUAGUCAAACAAAUCCCUGACGUGCAUGAGGCGUCAAAGUUUACCAAACAGGACAUGYUUGCAAUACUGCAAGGCAUURCCGGUUUCUUUAGUGSKGYCRYRGGAMAAGACCCAUUCGCAGCUCUUGGUGCUGCUGUUGAAACAGCUGGACACUUUGCGACAAAAUGCAACACUGGUACUUUGCAAGAUAUUUUGGGCAAUGUURAUAAAUGGAUGACUUUUGGUAAGGCUUACAAGGAGCUGGAGGAUUCUAGUGAACUGGAUUUUGAUAAAAUGGAUGUUGGUGCUGUCCCUGAAGUAAUGCAGGACUAA